CAGCUGUCAGUUUGACAUAAAAAAUGUCACAACACAAAAAAGUGUAGUUUUGCGGGGGUGUUUUUAGGAUUUUUGUAGUUUCGUGAAAUUAUUUUGAAAAACAUAAACAUUUCACACAAAAAUUUGGCUGCCAUUACCAUACUCCAUACCCGAUUAUUGAAUAUACUGGGAUGUACCUAAUUCAAAUGGAAACGAGAUGAUCUCAGUUUGACCUGUCUGACGUCUGGGUUAUUUUUGUUUUUUUUAAAGGAUUUAACAUGGCCGCCGUAAAAUUAGUAGACUGUUUAUUAAUCGCCUGCCUAGUUUCUUCGGUAGCAGGAGAAAUAUCUCGCAGUCCGCACUUAAAAGAGGAAUACGACGAGGACGAUUUGAUAAACGAACAUGAACCUGGUGAACCGCCUCCCGAGAUAAGUCUUAACAGUAUCCAACAUAACAAUUUAAAGAGAUACAAGUGCCACUCUUGCGAACCGCCUUAUUGUUUACGGACGACUAUCUGCUAUAAUGCCAUUCAGUGCUGGAAGUCGCGCGUACGAGAAAGCUCAGGCAUUGAAAGUGUAACCAGAGGCUGUACAACAGACCAUGACCAGCUGCCCCUAUACUGCCGCUCCCCUUCUCUGUCUGUCCAACGCAAAAGACACGCAGGGGGGCAAUUUCAGAUCGAGUGUUGCGCCGGCGAUUUUUGUAACGAUGGGGACUUCCCCGAACUACCUGCUUUGCAACCAAUCACUGAAGUGGGAGGACCUUACACCGAGCAGCUGAUUUAUGUGCUCAAAAUGGCUGCUGCAGUAUUGGGUCCUGUUGCUGCUUUUGGAGCAGUGGGGUUGAUGGCUCUGUAUUUCCUUAGGAGAUACUAUAGGAAUAGGUUGUGCAAUGAAAAUCGACUUGAUCCGGACACAUACUAUGCCCAAGAUGAACUGUUGCGUGCCACUGCAGCUGGUGAUAGCACCUUAAGGGAGUACCUGGAACAGUCUAUGACAUCAGGAAGUGGAUCUGGACUGCCUUUGCUCAUACAACGAACCUUAGCCAAGCAGAUAUCUUUAUUGGAAUGUAUAGGAAAGGGCAGAUAUGGAGAAGUAUGGCGAGGAAUAUGGCAUGGCGAAAGUAUAGCUGUUAAAAUAUUCUUCUCCAGGGAUGAAGCAAGUUGGACUAGAGAGACUGAAAUUUAUAGCACAAUCCUCCUUCGCCAUGAAAACAUCCUAGGAUAUAUAGGAUCAGACAUGACAUCCAGAAACUCAUGCACUCAAUUGUGGCUGAUAACUCACUACCAUCAGUUGGGCAGCCUGUACGACUACUUGAAUUAUACAUCUCUAUCUCAUCAGCAGUUGAUGCUGUUGUGUCUUUCCAUUGCCAAUGGCAUCGUCCAUCUUCACACAGAAAUAUUCGGAACUCAAGGUAAACCUGCAAUAGCUCACAGAGAUAUCAAGAGUAAAAACAUAUUGGUAAAGAGCAACGGCACAUGUUGCAUAGCAGAUUUUGGAUUAGCUGUAAUGCAUUCUCAAUCUACUGAUCAGUUGGACAUCGGGUCCAAUCCGAAAGUCGGUACUAGGCGGUAUAUGGCCCCAGAGGUGUUGGACGAAAGUAUGCGCACAGACAAUUUUGACAGCUUCCGCCGCGCCGACAUGUACGCUUUAGGUUUGGUAUUCUGGGAGAUUUGCCGACGGACCAUCAGCAACGGAAUCGUGGAGGAGUACAAACCGCCCUUCUACGACUCGGUGCCCAGUGAUCCUUCUUUCGAGGACAUGCGCAAAGUGGUGUGCGUCGACCAGAGAAGGCCAGCGUUGCCGAAUCGAUGGGCCAGCGAUACGUUGUUGAGCGGAUUGGGUAAGCUGAUGCGCGAAUGUUGGCAUCAGAAUCCUAACGUCCGUUUGCCAGCGCUGCGCGUCAAAAAGACGCUUUUGAAACUGGCCACCACCGAUCACUUGACGGGCUUGGACGACAUGGAAAUUUGCGUGUGAUGCAGGUGGGAGAGAUAAGGAUUUGUAUGGAGUAGGAAUCAAGACUGAACGACAUAUAUAUUGGCAUGGUGUUGAAAGCCGUUUCUGCGAAAUAUUUUUUGCGAAAGCCUGCCUGUGUUUCCACUACAAUUUUGUUUUCUUCUAUGAACUGCAUUAAUUGGUCAUGUACUAUGGACUCAAAUAUCUGGUAACACGUUUACUGGUCUCGUAUCGCUUCACUUUUGGGAACUAGCGUUAUUGUAGAGCAUUUCAAAAUUUCAGUUGACCGUUUUCGAUAAGCGAUUUAUUGCUUAAAUACCCUGUUAAAUAAUAUAAUUUUUCUGGUCGCCAAGUAUUUAAAAUAAAGUUAAAAUCUUGCUCUACAAGCUCUGAAGAGUAUGUUAAUAUCAGUUUAUUUUAACGCGAUUUUUAAUCUUGUUUGGUAGACCAAUACUGGCGGACUUUUGAUUUUCGCAGAUUGUACAAGGAAUAAGGAGAAUACCAGUACAGUUGAUCUUUACUCAGGCGCUUAUAGACGUCAGCCAACUUGUUGGUGAAGUUUUGUAAUGUAAGUUUUCGAUGGAAGUUGAUGAUUCACAUUAGGUUAGAUUUACAUUAACCUAAAAUCAUAUUUUACGUUUUAACUCGAUGUGUUAUGAGCCGGUCUGUCUUAAGAAACAAUAUACACGCUCAAACGACAAGCUUAUAACAUGAUGUACAUGUUUUGCUAGAACAAAUAAAAAAAAGGUAAUUAUCAACGCAAUAAACGAUGUUUAUGUUAUCCAUAUCAUUUAAAAGCAAUCGUUAGGUAAAUAUUUGCUCCGAGGAGCUAAAAUUUAGUGAAUUUUAUUGCCAAGGAUAAAGAUAUAUUAGAGCGAUUUCAUGGCGAGAAUUGAUACCAUUUCGUAAAAUUGAUCACAUGAAUGCAAAUGGCAAUGGGUAUUUUUUGUUGUUGUUUCUUAAUGUUUUCUUAUCCAGGUUAUUAAAUCAGAUAAUCUGCAAAAAAAGUCGCUGCAGGUAGCUCCGCGUGAACUGGUUCGAUUAUCAUGAAAUUUUGACAGGGUAUAUAUGAAAAAUGUACCUAUCCAAUGAUAGAUGGCGCUACGUGUAUCGGAUAUCUUUCAAAAGUCCUGUUUACCUUGCGACAGACCUUGUACAUUGGUGUGAUUGACACUAUUUAUAAAUACGAAUUGUUAUCAGUUUUCAAUUCAUUAUCCAGCAAUACUGUUAAUUUUCGUGCUAUAGACUAGAGGCAGUUGCUGAACUAAACAGUAGAUCACAUUUCCUGAGAUAAUCUAUGACAUAUCUUUAGAAUCAAAGAAAACAUCAUCUAGGAGAAAUUUAAUUUUUACGGAGAGCUAUUUUUGUGGUAAGUACAAAAUAUCAUACAUUAUUAUUCAUACAAAUAGCUCAGUUACUAUAUCAAAUGAUUUUGUUCCAGCAAAAUAUGUACAGAUUUUUUCUCGAUUUAUUUAAUAAUGAAUUUUUACUAUUAACAAGAUGUGCCAAAUUUUAUUGUACAUUGUUUUCUUAAUUAUUAAGAACCAGUAUUAAGUUAUGUAACGUGUAAGUAAGUGCCAUUUUUACUAUAUUUCUUUCUAAUAGAUUCAUUUACGAGCUUUUUACAUAAACAGUGUUCUAACUAGGUGUUAAAAUUAAAAAAAAUAAUUUAUAUUUUUUUAAGAAUGAGAUAAUUUAUGAACUAGAAAAAUUUUGGGCAGUAUUUUGAUUAUAAUGAAGAAAAAUUCGUAUCGAUGGAAUGUUGAUACACGAUUUUUUUUCUCAUUUUCAUUAAUAUUUAUUUCCUUGUUAGCUGUUGGUCUUUUUACUAUUUCUUGCUUUUAGGUGGCAUUUACUUAUUGAAAAUGUUUUAGUAAAAGGCUUAUAAUUUAAGAUCAAAUACACAUUCUCUUAUAGUUUAUAGUUGGUAAUUUUUUUAUACUGUAAAUAUUUGUACAUCCAAUAUAUCAGCAUCAUAUCUGUUUCGUACUGGUCGAGUUGUAUGUGUAUAUUAAAAAAUAUAUACAACUCGACCAAUCAUUGUUUUAAUAAAUUUAAGUAACAAAUUCAUAUCAAUUUAUUUAUCAAUUAUGGAUAUAUAUCUGAUACACAUACACUCAGUGUUUAUCAUAAUCAGUAUUUUGUUGUAGUUAAAUUGGUCGGUUCAUCUACCACAUGUAUAUACCAUUAUUCGUGUCAUCAGUGUCAAAAAUUCCUUUAAGCAAUAUAUUUAGUUUCAAAAAUGGGGCUACUUUUUAUUUCUCUGUCACUAUUUGCCACAUGAGCAUCAGCCCCAAGGACAAAAACAGGAUUUGGGUUUUUAGGAACAAACCACACCAAACGUAAAAAUCAUAAAUUUGGGGGAAAAUCCCAAAAUAUGGCAACACUGUCAAAGCGCCACUGGUACUCCAGGCAUCAAGUUCCGGGGUCGCUUUUAUAGCGCGAACAGCAUUACCGUUACCAAUAUAUGUAGUUUCAAAAA